GUGUGUUUUGUCUUUCAUGUAUUUUUGGUUGAGUUUCCUAUGUAAAUUUCUUCUUCUAAUCAUAUAAAUAUGAAUGAGGUUUUUGAGAUUGAAAUGGUAUUAUUGAUGCUUCUGUUCUGAUUCUUGUCUGACAUGAGAUGGGAUUUAUCUUUAGCUGUUGUAUUUUAUUGUUGUACGUUUCUAUGUGUCCCACUUUUCAUCUUCUUAAAAAUUACAGUUUUACUAGUUUAUGUUUUUGGUUCUUGAAUCCCAUUUGUCAAAUGUUAAUAAUGCUUGAAGGAAUAUCAAUGAAUUUGAUCAAUGAUAGUAGCAAAUAUUUGAUGUUUGAUCUCCUUGUGAGCACUUAGGUAAAGUAUCAACAACAAUGGUGUGUUACAUUCUUUCAUCUGUUGAUGUUUGCUAUCUUUUUCGUUCAAGCGGUAUGCCACUACUAGUUGGAAAUGGUCUAUAGUGUUGGAUAUGAUGUUGGUUGAAUUUCCAUAAUUUUCUGAAUUAGGCUCCCACUUAGCACUCUUGAUGUGUUUUUAGUUCAUCAGGAGAAGUGGAGAAUGCAAUUCAUGAAUCUUUUUUCUCAUCUCUAACCCAUUGAAAGGGGGGGACUGCACUUGUUGCAGUUGUAAGGUGCUUCGUUGUUCAUAAAUGUCAUGCUAAGAGAUUUAGAGACUGAAUUUCUAUAAUGGGUGCUUGUGUAUCAUCUCCUUAUUUAGCAACUAAACCAUCAAAAAGUAAUAGAGUAAGGAGGUACUACAGACACUCCAAAAAGAGACACGUGAAAUCAGCUUCAGAGGUAAACAGGAAGGGAGGUCACGUGUCCACUGAUUUCGCUGUUAGUGAGUUUGUCCACACAACUACCAAAUGCAGAAGAUCAUCAGUCUCUAAUUCUACUUUCCAUCUCACUCAGCUGCAAUUUCACCACAGUCAAAUUGAUGUCAAUGCAAUGUACCAGGAAGAAUGGUUUGACACAGUCAGCUUACUGGAGUCCGACUCCGAUGAUGACUUUAGUAGUGUACAUGGAGAUUAUGCCCCAUAUGCAAAUGGACAAGUUAUUCACUGUGAAGUAGAUACCAAGAGUAAUCUUAAAGACUUGUUCUCAAGUAAAGAUGGAGUAAUGCUAAUAGAUACCCAAAGAAAAGAGCGUUCUGGCUUAGUGAACAGUGAAGAUUCUGGUUCCGUGAAGACACUAAAACUAGACCGGGCCUACUUAAGUUUUAACGGUAUCAAAGUUGAUACUAGUGAGCAUGAUGAUAAGACGUCCGAGACCAUAUUGAAGUCUGUCUUGCCUGCAUUGGUUCCCACCUUAAGUGUCAACAACAAGAUGCACAACGCAGAAACCCAAUCUCAAAGAAAGUCAGCAACUAUUAUCAGGCUCUCCAUCACUCAAAAGUCUAUCGAGGAAGAAACAAAUAAAUUUUGUGCAUCAGCAACAAAGUAUCUUUAUUGCCCUAGGGCCGGCUUAUUGAUUCCUUGUAUAACUGACGGAAAGCCAACUCCUGGAAGUUGGUCCGAGAUUCUGCCAUCCACUUUUAAGCUCCGUGGACCUAGCUUUUUCAAAGACAAGAAGAAGAAUCCUGCACCAGAUGUCACUCCUUUCGUUCCAAUCGGCGUGGAUCUUUUUGCAUGCCCGAAAAAGAUUAACCACAUUGCUCAGCACUUGGAACUGCCUUCUAUAAAAUCGGAAGGGAGAGUGCCCCCACUGCUAAUUGUUAACAUUCAGCUUCCCACAUAUGCACCUUCUAUGUUUCUUGGCGAAGGGGACGGGGAGGGCUUGAGCCUCGUACUAUAUUUUAAGCUCUCGGAGACUUUUGAGACCGACAUAUCUCCCCAUUUCCAAGAAAUGAUCAAGAGAUUUAUCGAGGACGAAAAGGAGGUUGUUAAAGGCUACAGAAAAGAAUCAACUAUUCCUUUCAGAGAAAGACUGAAAAUCAUGGUUGGAGUGGUUAAUCCUGAUGAUCUCGUCUCAAAUAAUACGGAGAGAAAGCUUCUUAACGCGUACAAUGAAAAGCCUGUUCUUUCUCGCCCUCAGCACAGCUUCUAUGAGGGUACCAACUACUUUGAGGUUGAUCUUGACAUUCAUCACUUCAGCUUCAUAGCAAGGAAGGGACUUGAUGCAUUCCGUGAGCGGUUAGGCAAUGGAAUAUUGGAUCUUGGAUUGACAAUUCAGGCUCAGAAGCCAGAAGAGCUUCCGGAGCAGGUCCUAGGCUGUGUGAGGUUGAACAAGAUUAGCUUCGUCAACAAUGGGCAAAUACCAACAAUCGUGAGGCUAGACGAUGUCUGAGUCAAGCAUAGAUUUUUUCGGAAAAUGCAAGAAAAAAAUGGUUUAAUUUGUGGUGUGGUAUUAGUGUUGGAGGUCCAGCAAUCGCAUGACCAAGUUUGAUGAUGUAAAUUAUGUACUAAUUGCAUUACCCAAAAUUAUGUUUCAAUAGAGAUUGAAUGCAUAACUUUCCAAUGUUUGAAUGUUCACUGUA